AAAGCGCUGAAAGUGCGAAGAUGUUCUUUUUAGAUUCCAUUUGUCUGCCCUCAAGAGGACGUGCGAGUUUGAACCCACGGUGAUCGAACAACCGAGCGAACAACUUUUGCUGAUUGCCGAUUCGUCCUAUCGGGUGCUUGAACGUUUGAUGCUCCGUGAAGAGGAGCCCAUCGGCGCGCCACCAGCACCAGGACGCACGGCGCGUCUCCAUCGGGAUACAGGAGAGGGAGUAGAGGCCACAUGGAGUUCUCCUCAUGGAAAUAAUAUCUUAAGAGUCAUUUUGACCAAAUGAUAUUGGUGAUUUUUCUUUGGGGGGGGAUAUUCACCUAUGCCUGACGCUUCGUCUUCUUGGUGUUCUUUGCACGCAUGAAGAUUCCGUGCAGGAUGUUACAGUCCAAGGGGCCCAGGCAUCAUUGGGCCACUGUGCACUUUCACCAUCACAUAUCACCACACUGUUGGGGGGCCCGUUCUGUCUGAGGAGACACCCACCAUCCAUUCUCUGCCCCUGAAAAAACGUCUUUUGACCCACUUGGUGUUUUUGGUGAACAUUGACAUUGGCGCCGUCUCACCUUUGGGCUACUAUGCAAUUACAACUGAUCUCCUUUGUUUUGAUCAUCUUGCACGGCAUGGAUUACACUGGAUGUCAGCAGCACAGCAGCUCCAGGCACCGGCAACACAAACAGCUCUCUGGUGUGACUUCAGGGUGCCAGCAGGGUGGCUGUCUGACCUGCUCCGACUACAAUGGCUGCCUUUCCUGCAAGCCACGCUUCUUCAUGCAUUUGGAGAGGAUUGGGAUGAAGCAGAUCGGGGUGUGCAUGACUUCCUGUCCGCCGGGCUUUUACGGCACACGGUCGCCAGAAAGAAACACCUGCAUGAAGUGCUGGUCUGAGUGCGAUUCCUGCUUCAACAAGAACUUCUGCACGCGCUGCCGGACGGGGUUCUACCUUCACCUGGGCAAGUGCCAGGAGAUCUGCCCUGAGGGGCUAGUUCGCAGCGAUACACAAAGGGAGUGUGUUCCAAAGUGCCCUGCAGAGUGUGAGCUAUGCGUAAACAGCGAGAUAUGUACACGGUGCCGGCCGGGCCUGUACCUGCUCAAUGGGAGAUGUCAUCAUGUUUGUCCAGAGGACUAUGAACCCAAUGACAAACUCAUGCAGUGUGUGCCGCAAGUGCACUGCGAGGUGGCUGAGUGGAGCGAGUGGAGUCCCUGCUCCCGGUCCGGUAGAACCUGUGGCUUCAAGCGGGGCCAAGAGACUCGCACGCGCCAAGUCCAGCAGUACCCGUCGCCUUUUGGGAGACCGUGUCCUGAGAUCUCUGAAAUCAAAGAGUGCCUGGUUAAGAGGAGAAAAUGCUUAGGAGAACCCAGGAAGAAGAAAAAUCGCAACAACAACCGCAAAGACAACCAAGAGGUGCGAAGUAAGAAGAGACAACAGCGAGAGCGAGCCCGAGACGCGGGGGAGCGUGAAGAUAGCAGGAACAAAACAGAGCACAGACAUCGCCGAGGUCACGACCCGGACUCCGUCUCCCCCGAGGAGGGCCUCGUACAGUAGCUCUGUGGACACGUUUGAAGUCUAACACCUCCCCCCGAACCCUUCCUGUCUCCUGUUACACGCACCCACUGUCCAUCCCUCUCAAGUCCUCCCCGUGGGGGGUGUCGCUGCUACCGGUACGAUUUGAAUAAACUCUUUAUGCACAAGUGGGAUACGGGCACAAGGGGCCUAAAAAGGCUUAGGCCGCUUUGGACUUUAAAGUGUUUUAUUUUCUGUGUAGCUACUAUUUCUUCACUUCCACCACUGACUCUUGUGUCUCCUUUAAAAAAAAAAAAAAAAAAGGAAAGAGACGCUGCUGAGACUGCUGCUGGUACUAACGAACAAGAGAAAUGUCAGUGUGGCGUAGCAGUAAGCAGCCGAGGCGACGCUUCCUGCUUGUUGAUAUUAUUUAAUAGAGCCGUGGUACAACGUUGCGCUCUUGGAUUUUGAAUGUAGAUUUUGCAACAUUAUGUAGAACUUGUUUAUUCUUGUUCAUGAUUUUAGAAGCAUCUACUUUAUUUUAUUUGGUGCCGAAUUCAUAAAGACAAAAAAAUUAAUAAAAAAAAAAAAAAAAAGAGGGUUUGAUCUUGCCAACUUGUGACAACUUUACUGUUUCACUGUAAAAGUGACCCGUGUAUAUCUAUCAUGCUCCACCAAAGAAUCCACUCGGUCACAUUAAGACCACAUGCUCUGAUCCGGAAGGAUAAAUCCAAUACAUCAAGCACAAUAUUUUUAUUUUUGUGUGAAUGGUGAAACUGCUCAACAAAGCAUCCAAACACAUGUAUGUCAAAUAAAACUAUAUUGGAUUUGUAGCUUCUUUGUCUCGCAUCUCAUUACAUAUUCUGGGAGAUAAUCAUGUGACACAAUCCACUGUCGUGAUUGGUUAAAUGGAUAGAGUUUCUUCUAAGAUUAAAAAAUUAUAUUUAUGGAAAAUAAGCCAUUUUUUUGUUAAGCAUUGGGAUUAUUCUGUCUUUGUAGUAUAUAUUUAGAGUUGGUAUUAAUAAGAAAUGGCCAUAGAACAAUCCCUGAUUAAAGGGAAGUGGUCAAAAACUAUUUUCACGUAUCAUAUUUAUUGUAUUAAAAGCAAAAUGAUUAAUAUCUUGGCUAUUGUGGGGACAUUUGAGUUGGAU